AUGGCUCCAUUUAAGGUGUUGUAUGCCAGACCUUGUAGGUCUCUAGUUUGUUGGAUUGAGGUAGGCGAUACAACCGCCUUAGGACCCGACAUUUUACUCAAGACUACUGAGAAGAUCAAACUGAUUAGACAGAGAUUGUUCACAGCUCAGAGCCGACAGAAGAGCUAUGCAGAUAAGCAGAGACGACCGCUAUCCUUUGAGGUGGGAGAUCAUGUCUCUCUACAGGUUUCUCCACGGAAGGGUAUGUUGAGGUUCAGGAAAAAUGGCAAGUUAUCACCACGAUUCAUUGGACCUUUUGAGAUUUUGGACUGCGUAGAAGAGGUUGCCUACAGACUUGCAUUGCCACCACAGUUAGACAGGGUUCACAAUGUUUUACUUGUGUCGAUGCUACGAAAGUAUAACCCGGAUCCAUCUCACAUUUUGAGUUGGGUUGAUGUGGAUAUCGAUAAGGAUGUUUCCUAUAAAGAAAGACCAGUUCAGAUCCUUGACACAUGA